AGGUGUUUUAGUGUAUAUACAGUCUAAAUUGAACACAGAACACUUUUGGCUGGUGAAACUUAUAAUACCAAGAUGGCAUCGAAGCAUGCAGCCUUGCUACAGCAGGAAGGGGUAGAAGCAUCAGAAGAAAACGAUUGGUUUAAAGCUCUAUCAAUAUUCCAACAAGUUCCCAAUCCUUCGUCUGUUAUUUGGUUUAACAUUGGUUGCUGUCAUUUACAGAUUCAGCAGUACUUAAAGGCAGAGAAUGCAUUUUCACAAUCUAUAGCAAAAGACAAGUAUCUGGUUGCUGGAUAUUUCCAACUAGCAGUCUCACAAACCCACCUUGGAAAUUAUGCUGAAGCAAUAGAUAAUUUUAGCUCCGCCUUGAGCUCGUUAAGGGGUAACCCAUUUAUUGACUACAAGCAGUUAAAUAUGCUAUGUAAAAUCUCUGCCUGCGACAUUCGUUUGAACCUUGCUUUGCUGCACAUUUUCUCUGGCGAUGUACCAAAAGCAAGGGAGAUAUUAAAUGAAGCAAUGUCCAUGCCACAUGAUGAAGAUAAAAUGAAAAACUGUAAAUCUGCGCUGGAUGCUCUCGUCAACGAAAACUGGGUUUAUUUUGGCGAAUCAGCCCUCGAAAGACUCGUACGUCUAUCAAGCUCUUGCUUGUUUCGUCCGAGCAAAACAAAAAUGGAAGGAUUAAAAUCCGGAACAAAAUUCAUGAACACAGCUACGGUUGUUUCCGCCACAAAUGAUGAAUAUUCUUUUGUUGGUUUCGUUGGUCCCAAAAAAAUGCAGCAACAGAGAGAAAAAGAGGAACUGUUUCCCAUAAACGCUGGUCAGUCUUCCCAUUCUAUUGUCCCGCCUCCUCUUCCUAGCGUGGCUCCUCCACGGAGAACAAGAAGCAAUCCACCAACUUUACCCCCUCCUGUUCCACCUGGUAACUCUCCUAGUAAACCAAAACCUGAAGUAAAAGACCUUACAAAGUUACCUCCUAAACCUUUAAAACCACUUGACAAAAAGCUGGCUAUGCCGAAACCAAUUCCUAAGCCCGCAAACUCGAAAGUCCUGUCUUCGCCUACUAUGAGUCCAAAAUCCAGUCCUGGAAAGCGUUCACCACCUGUGAGACCUGCAAAACCGAGUGUAAAUUCCUAUCUGCAAUGUAGUUUAUCACUCUCCCUAUCUCUGCCUAAGAAUAAGAUAGGCCCACAUGAUAAUUUCCUAAUCGAACUCAGUUCUAAAUUAGACCACCUUGUCAAAGCCCUUGUUGCUCCUAAUUUUUCCGACAAUUACCAAAUGACUCUCGCUACAAUUGGCGCUGCCCAGGAAAUUACCAGCUCAACUUGGAGAGAGACGUACUUGGAUGCUGUACGAAGCAAGAAAUUAAGCAUCAACAUAACCCCACUUCGUUCAAAAGAGCUUCCAAAGACCCCCAAACCCACAGAACCAAAUGGCAGCAAUAUUCAACGACCAGCAAUCACAGAAGCUGCUUUAAAACCAGCGGUUGCCAAAAAGCCAAACCAAAAUUGGCCACCGGCACCCCCAGAAGAUGCUGAUAUAUAUGUUGAUGCCAACAAUGCUGCAAGUCUUAUACCAGAGGCAAAUGAAGACAAUAUAUAUGCUGAGGCAGUGUUUGGUGUUUGAAUUGAUAAUAAAUCCAAUUAUAUCAUAACUAGCUUAGUUUAAAAAACUUGUGCAAUAAUAGUUUCCUAACUUGUGCUCAUCUGUAAGUUUUCUAUUUUUCAAUUUUCAGUAUCGGCCUAAAUUUCACCAUGCAUAUAUUUCUAACAGGUGCAAUACAAACAAAUGUUUGGUUUUUAAAUUUUAAUGUUCCAAUUUCUGUGACAAAACCUUUAUACCAUUUUGUUUUAUUCUUGCCAUUUUUGUGCCAGUUUGUGCAAUAUUUUUUUUUUUAGAUUUUGCAGAUUUUUUUGGUUUUGUAUAUUCUAACUUGCCAGGCAUAAACUAAAUAAUUUCUCAUAAGCCUUAUAGACAAGGGUGAUUUUACAUUUCGUUUUAUAGCAUCAUACAUACUAUAUACAUUCAUGGUAUGAAUCAUGCAGCUAUACAAUAUCCUUUAUCAAUCUUAGCUUAUCAGAAGUCAGUUAUAAAGUAUUCUUUUUUCCUAUCUUUGCAUUUACUUUUGCAGUAAUUACUUAUUCUGCUUUUAAAAUACACAUAAUGUAACUUGUUUUGUAUUUCAAAUCCACAUAAUGUUUAUAUAUUCAA